AUAGUAUGACUGAAAUAUUCGUAAGUAUUUAUGCCCAGAGCCGGACUGUGUUUAUGAACUGCGGCAGUAUCAGUCCUCACAGCAGUAGUUUUAGAAUUUGCCACCGGUACUGAGAUUACUGUGGGUUCGCGAUCUCUUUCAGAGUCUGCAGUGUAUCAGAGGUUUGUUAGUUUUGAAUAAAAGGAAAUAAAACUAGUUUCCAAUGAAGAAGGCAGUGUUGUUUAGUUUGUGGGGUGGUGUUGUUACUCCUCAUCUUGCCCAAACCUUUCAGAAGUUUGAGGAAACCACUGGAAUUUCAAGGGGUUUCAUAAAGAAUGUGAUUGCAAAUCUUGGCAGUGAGAAUGCUUUAUAUCGCUCAGAGAAAGGGAAAAUCACCCUAACUCAGAUGAUUUCUGAGUUUGAAGCCGAGUGUCAGAAGGUAGCAGCCGAUCAGGGUCUGUCUUUACCUGCCCUAUUCUCAGCUCAGAAGCUUUUCAAUGUUUUUGGUCAGGUAGAAUUCAACAAGCCAGUUCUUGAUGCUGCUGCCAUUCUUCGGCGUCACGGCAUUGCUACGUGCGUCCUGGCCAAUGUCUGGGUGGAUGACACCCCUCAGAGAGAUGGCAUCGCUCGGAUUCUCUCUGUUUUGGAAAGCCGCUUUGACCUGGUUUUGCGAUCCUGCCAUGCUGGUGUCAGAAUCCCUGAGCCUGACAUCUUCAACAAUGCCCUUGAGAAACUUGCUGUUAAACCUCAAGAAGCAGUAUGGCUGGAUGUGGAUGAAGAAAGUGUCAAGGCAGCUGAAGUUUUGGGAAUAACGGCUGUUCAAGUCAAGGACAUCACUGAGGCUCUUAAGGAAAUCCAGAAGCUUACAGGAAUAGAGGUCACCAGUGACCUCCAGCCACCCAUUUGUGAUCCUGAAAAUGUCUCUCAUGGAUAUGUGACUAUUAAGCCUGGUGUGAAGACCCACUAUGUGGACAUGGGAGAUGGACCACCUGUUCUCCUGUGCCAUGGCUUCCCUGAGAGUUGGUUUUCCUGGAGGUAUCAGAUUCCGGCUCUAGCCGAUGCUGGUUUCAGGGUUCUGGCUCUGGAUAUGAAGGGUUACGGUGACUCCACUGCACCACCAGACAUUGAGGAGUACUCUCAGGAACAGAUCAUGCUGGAUUUGGUGACAUUUUUGGAUAAGAUGGGCAUCCCUCAGGUCACUCUGGUGGGCCAUGACUGGGGCGGUUCUCUGGUGUGGAACAUGGCUCAGUAUCAUCCUGAGAGAGUGAGGGCUGUGGCGUCUCUCAACACACCCCUUUUUCCUGUGGAUCCAAAAACAAAUCCAAUGGAGAAACUCAAAGCCAUGCCAAUCUUUGAUUACCAGAUAUAUUUUCAGAAGCCUGGUGUUGCAGAGGCUGAAAUGGAGAAAAACCUUGAGCGAACCUUCAAACUGAUGUUCUAUGCAAGUACUGAGAUUGAUGGAUUUCCUAAGUUAAACACUGCUGGAGUCUGCCAGAGAGGUGGAUUGUUUGUGGGGUCGCCUGAUGAUCCGCCCCGCAGUGCUAUUCUGAGCGAGUCAGCUCUCCAGUACUACGUUCAGCAGUACACCAAGAGCGGCUUCAGGGGUCCUCUGAACUGGUACCGUAACGGGGAGAAGAACUGGCAUUGGAUGAGUUCCAGGCCAAGGGGCAAGAUCAUGAUGCCAGCUUUAAUGGUGACCGCAGGAAAGGACCCUGUUCUUCUGCCAGUCUUUGCCACAGGCAUGGAGAAGCUGGUCCUCAACCUCACCAGAGGCCACAUUGAGGAGUGCGGACACUGGACUCAGAUGGAGAGGCCUGCAGAGCUCAAUAAGAUCCUCAUCUCCUGGCUGAAGGAAACACACCAGAAAGCCUCUAUCCCUGUUCAUCCCAAGUUAUGAGACGAUGGUCUUGAUUUAACUAUGCACGGAUGAAUGAACCGGCUCAGCUGAAGUGGCGCAAAUGUCCAGGCUUGCUGAUUGCAUUAUAAUUGCCCAUUGUCAUUUCAGUGAAUUUCAGUAGUCCUCUGCUUUACAUAUGAAGUCUUUUGUAAUAUGCUGCAAUAAUGAAGAUGUAAAACAAAAACAAAAAAACAAACAAAAAAAAGAAUCAGUAAUGCUUUUUACAAAAAUCAUCAAAAGUAUUAUGUUUGCUACAAACAUUGAUAUUGGUGACUGAUAUCGACCAGGCCAAUUACUGUAAUUGGCCAUUUUUUGAUUAGCAACAUCAGCAAUAUAAUUUAAUAAUUGAAUCUAACAGAACUGUGCUGGUUGGCUGUUUAACAGAAGUGGUCAUUUCUGUGUAGUGUCAGUUCUAGAAACUAAUUUCAGUGAUAUCACACUUUUUGCAGAUUAAAUUUUUUUUUUUAUGUGUGUACCUUGCGUGAAAUAGAGUGGUGCAGGUUUGACGUCAGAACCCGGAAGACUAAUUCACCAAUGGUUCUAUGGGGUUUUGAUAAUGGGCUUUUUCAAUUUAUGAGUAAAAUAAAUCCUGUGGUAAAAAUAACUUGACUAUACUUUGACGUUUUGUUCUACAACCUAAAUUACAUGCACCUAUAGUGAAAAUUUGAAUUUUGAAGCAGUUAUGUUCAUUUUAGAAAAUGUAAGUUUUUUAAUAAGUAACUAGAUAAGACCGCUUGUGGUGUGAGUAUGUGCAGUGUAUGCUGUAGAACAAGCAGACUAAAACUCUUAGUCAAUAAUAGUCUGAUUUCCACCUUUCAGUUAUGAAUAAACCUGAACUCUUAAAACGUC